AUGCCAAGAGCUCCAAGAAACCACUCCAAGACCUACUCUGUCCCAAAGAGACCUUUUGAAACCGCUAGAUUAGAUGCUGAAUUAAAGUUAGCUGGUGAAUACGGUUUAAAGAACAAGAGAGAAAUCUACAGAAUUGGUUACCAAUUAUCCAAGUUAAGAAGAGCUGCAAGAGACUUAUUAACCAGAGAUGAAAAGGACCCAAAGAGAUUAUUCGAAGGUAACGCUUUAAUUAGAAGAUUAGUUAGAGUUGGUAUCUUAUCUGAAGACAAGAUGAAGUUAGAUUAUGUUUUGUCUUUAAAGAUUGAAGAUUUCUUAGAAAGAAGAUUACAAACCCAAGUUUUCAAGUUAGGUUUAGCAAAGUCUGUUCACCAUGCUAGAGUUUUAAUCACUCAAAGACACAUUGCUGUUGGUAAGCAAAUUGUCUCUAUUCCAUCUUUCAUGGUCAGAUUAGAUUCCCAAAAGCACAUUGAUUUUGCUCCAACCUCUCCAUACGGUGGUGGUAGACCAGGUAGAAACAAGAGAAAGUCUCAAGCUUCUGCUGCUUCUGGUGAUGCAGAAGACGAAGAAUAA